AUGGGUUCCGACGAGAAACCCCCUUCCACCUACCGGUACAACGAGAAGCCGACUUACACUACGUCCAAUGGCGCCCCCGUCGAGAACCCCCAGGCGUGGCAGCGCAUCGGUCCCCAGGGCCCUCUGCUGCUGCAGGACUUCCACCUGAUCGACCUGCUGGCUCACUUUGACCGCGAGCGCAUCCCCGAGCGCGUCGUCCACGCCAAGGGCGCCGGUGCUUACGGCGAGUUCGAGGUCACCCACGACAUCAGCGACAUCUGCUCCAUCGACAUGCUCAGCAAGGUCGGCAAGAAGACCAAGGCUCUUGCCCGCUUCUCGACCGUCGGCGGCGAGAAGGGCUCCGCCGACUCGGCGCGCGACCCCCGCGGCUUCUCUGUCAAGUUCUACACGGACGAGGGCAACUGGGACUGGGUCUACAACAACACGCCCAUUUUCUUCAUCCGCGAUCCCGUCAAGUUCCCGGUGUUCAUCCACACCCAGAAGCGCCACCCGCAGACCAAUCUCAAGGAUGCCACCAUGGUAAGUCUCACCACCCACCCUCGACGGGAUUCACUUCUAACUCGGCCAGAUGGCGAAACGUUCGAUUACUGGACGAAAAACCAGGAGUGCAUUCAUCAGUUGAUGCACCUCUUCUCCGACCGCGGCACCCCCUACUCGUACCGCCACAUGAACGGUUACUCGGGCCACACGCACAAGUGGACCAAGCCCGACGGCUCCUUCGUCUACGUCCAGAUCCACCUCAAGACGGACCAGGGCAACAAGACCUUCACCAACGAAGAGGCCGGCAAGAUGGCCUCCGAGAACCCCGACUGGCACACCCAGGACCUGUUCGAGGCCAUCGAGAAGGGCGAGCACCCGAGCUGGACCGUCUACGUCCAGACCCUGACGCCCGAGCAGGCCCAGAAGUUCAAGUGGAACGUCUUCGACCUGACCAAGGUCUGGCCGCAGAGCGAGGUGCCCCUGCGGCCCUUUGGCAAGCUCACCCUCAACAGGAACCCCGAGAACUAUUUCGCCGAGAUAGAGCAGGCUGCCUUCUCGCCGUCCCACCUCGUCCCGGGCGUCGAGCCCACCGCCGACCCCGUCCUGCAGUCGCGCCUGUUCUCCUACCCGGACACCCACCGCCACCGUCUUGGCGUCAACUAUCAACAGAUCCCCGUCAACGCGCCCCUCAACGCCUUCAACCCCUUCCAGAGGGACGGCGCCAUGGCCGUCAACGGCAACUACGGCGCGAACCCGAACUACGCCUCGACCUUCCGCCCCCUGGAGUACAAGCCUGUCAAGGCCGUCAACACGCCGCACGAGAAGUGGGCCGGCGAGGUCGUCACCGACCUCUUCGGCCCCGUCAAGCCCGAGGACUACGAGCAGGCCCUCGGCCUCUGGAAGGUCCUCGGCCGCCAGGAGGGCCAGCAGAAGAACUUCGUGUCCAACAUCUCCGGCGCCCUCGCCGGCGCCCACCCGGACGUCCGCGCGCGCACCUACGACAUGUUCUCGCGUGUCACCCCUGAUCUCGGCGCCGCCAUCAAGAAGGAGACGGAGAAGAUUGCCGCGUACGUGAAGGAGAGGGGUGUCUCGUUAGUCGGAUGCGAUGCUGACCGUCGUGAUAGGCCUGCCAAGGACGUCCGCUCCAAGCUGUGA